AAGCUCACUCAGCUUUGCUGAUUUUGAGGCCUGAGAGAGAGAGAGAGAGAGAGAUAAAGGAGUGUUGUGCAAGUUUCAAUAGUAUACAAAUGAACACCCCUAGAAAUUGACAAAAACCUAUAUUUUUCUGUUCACCGCUCUGUGUCUUUUCUUUAAAACAUCACCUGUCUGUGGUUUAUAGAGGAAGAAAAGGAGAGCUCAGAUAAAGUGGGGAUUUUGGUGUUUCCAAGAAGGGUUUUGAGGUGAUGUUGAGGAAGAGAACCAGGUCGCUCCAGAAAGAUCAACAAAUGGGUCAGUUGACAAUGUCUGAUUCUGGUUCCGAGUCACAUUUCCAGUCUGAUAACAUGGGGCACAAUAACAAAGCUAACUCCUUUUUCACUGUCCCUGGCCUGUUUGUUGGGUCAAGUCUUAAGGGUUUAUCAGAUUGUGAUUCUGUUAGGAGUCCAACAUCUCCUCUAGAUUUUAGGAUGUUUUCGAAUAUAGGAAAUCCCAGUAAGUCCCCCAGGUCAUCUCAUGGCGGGCAACGGAAGAGCUGGGAUUGUAAUAAAGUAGGUUUGAGCAUUGUAGAUUCACUUGAUGAUGAUGGGAAAGGAUCCGGCAAGGUCCUCCGAUCAUCGGAGAGUAAGAACAUUCUUUUUGGACCCCGAGUACGAAGUAAAACCCCAAACUUUCAAUCCCGUACUGAUUCUUUUCAAGCACCGAAGUCUUUGCCAAGAAAUUUUGCAAUUUUCCCUCGUACCCCUACCAAAUCUCCCCUUCUAAAGGGCAGCUCUGAUGUUCUUUUUGAAAUUGGAGAAGAUCCAUCAGAUUCAGAGCCCUUUGGAAAGAUCCGGUCAUGUUCAUUGGACUCUUGCAGGUCAUUUUCAUCCCUGUCUCGGUUGGCUGGCCAGAACUCAAAAGCAAGUUCUGGGAAUUUUUGCUUCGAUAACGUAACUACCCGAGGCGAAUGUCCUCAAUUAUUUGGAGGAAGCCCAAAUUCAAACAACUUUUCGAACACAAAUUUGACUUUUACCCCAAUGUCGGUUAACUCUGGCAACGGAUUCAUCGGUUCUCUCUCUGCAAGUGAGAUUGAGCUUUCUGAGGAUUAUACAUGUGUGAUUUCACAUGGUCCCAACCCGAAAACAACUCAUAUUUACGGUGACUGCAUUUUGGAAUGUCAAUCUAAUGACUUGAGUAAUUUUGGCAAGAACGAAGCAAAGGAGAUUGGAUUGCCCCAGGUUGUUACUUGCUCAAAAAUCCCAGGUUCAUUUCCCUCCAAAGUUUUCUUGAGCUUCUGUUACUAUUGCAACAAGAAAUUGGAUGAGGGAAAAGACAUUUACAUAUACAGAGGCGAGAAAGCAUUCUGCAGUUUGAGUUGCCGUUCAGAGGAGAUCAUGAUCGAUGAAGAGUUGGAGAAUACCACCCAUAAAUCUUCCGAGUGUGUUCUCAUGUCAGGCGAAGGGGAGGGGCUUUUCGAAACUGGCAUCAUUGAUGCUCCAUGAUGCCCAUGAUCAGUGAAACUAAUGCGGAGGUAGACGCCCCUGAUCAUCUGUUUUCAAAGAGCUGUUUAUGUGCAUCUCUUAGCAGCCAUGGAUGAUCGUUUUGUACAUUGUUCCCUUCGAUGUUUGUGUUUCACCAUUCAUGGCCAUAACCAAUGGCUCUCAUUUGGCUAGUUGUUGCUUUCCAUAAUCCAGGCUUGUAUUGCCUUACAAUUCAUGUAAAACUGUUGCAGCUGAUUUUUAUAGCUGCUCGAUUUGAUUCUUCCUUCUUUAA